ACAUAUCUACGGUGGAGGGGUAGAUAAUCGCGGCACUCUCCCCAACCGGCAAUCCGACAGUAGAUCCUGACGCAGUUGCCGGAUAUAUAACGUCCUGCCCCCCACCACACCACAUGCCCCCUCACCAUCCAUCACCCACCCACCACGAUGCACCAGCCGACCAACACCGCCGCCCCGGGCGUCUCGUACUUCACCCCGCACCAGACGGUGCCAUCGGGGACCUCCCUCGCGGCCCCCGAAGCAACCCCUGCAGUCUUCCGCCCGCUCACGAUCCGAAGCAGCACCUUCCCGAACCGUAUCUGGUGCGCGCCGAUGUGCAUGUACUCCGCCGACAACGGGCACGCUACCGACUUCCACGUGCAGCACCUGGGUGCGAUCGCCACGCGCGGCGCAGGAAUGAUCAUGUCCGAAGCCGCGGCGGUGACGAAGGAGGGGCGGAUCUCGAAGGAGGACCUGGGCAUCUGGGACGAUGCGCACAUCGCGAGUCUUGCACGGGUCGCAACGUACAUCCACUCGCAGUCAAAACACUUCUCGGUGCAGCUUGCACACGCCGGCCGCAAAGCCUCCACCGUGGCGCCCUGGCUCGACCACGAACGCGGCAAGUCGAUCCUAGCAACCCCGCAGAUCGGCGGCUGGCCCUCGUCUGUCGUCGGCGCCUCGCCGAUCCGCUGGAGCGCCGACCACGCCCUCCCGCGCGAACUCACCACCGCCGAGAUCGCCGCCGUCGUCGCCGCGUUCGCCGCUGCCGCCGUCCGCUGCGUCAAGGCCGGCGUCGACUCCCUGCAGAUCCACGCCGCGCACGGUUACCUCGUGCACUCGUUCAUGUCCGGCGCCAGCAAUACGCGGACGGACGCGUACGGCGGGGCGUUCGAGAACCGCGUCCGGAUCCUGCUGGAGAUUGUCGACGCUGUGCGCGAGGUGAUCCCCAGCUCCAUGCCGCUCAUGGUCCGCGUCAGCGGGACCGACUGGUUGCCCGAGGAGAAGUACCCCACCGCUUGGACGCUCGAGGAUACCGUCCGCCUCGCGAAACAGCUCUACGCCCACGGCGUCGAUCUGCUUGAUGUCUCGAGCGGCGGGAACCAUGAGAACCAGCAGAUCUCGCCGCAUAAUACGUACCAGGUGCAGAUGGCCGAGAAGGUUAAGGCGGCGCUGCUGGCGGAGGGCGGCGAGCCCGCGAAGCUCCUCGUGUCUGCCGUUGGUGCCAUUGCCGAUGGCGUCUGGGCGAAUAAGAUUGUCGCCGAGAUGGGCGUCGAUGCGGUUUUUGUCGCUAGAGCGUUCUUGAGAGAUCCGAAUUUUGUGCUCAGGUGCGCGGAGGAGUUGGGGGUCAGAGUCCAGCCGCCCCUGCAGUAUCUGAGGAUGGGAAGGUUGAGGAGGGAGGAGAAGUUGUAGAUUGCGGAUUGGGGAUUGGGGAUUGGCGGGGGUUGAGAUAGAAUAGACGCUUGAGCGCGAAUGAUAUCUACAUACGCGGCUUGGGAUAC